CUUUCUUGGACUCGAACUCAAGUUCUGUCGAAGGGUCAUGAGGACUCGAAACAUCAACUCUUUUCUUCUCCGCCGAUGCUGCCAGACCUGCUGAGUUUUUCCAGGUAAUUCUGUUUUUGUUUUGCCAUGGUAAGGAGGUCGACUGGUUGUAGCCAUUUCUCUUUCCCUGGUAGAAACGCGACGAAGGUCUCUCCCCUGCCAGGACAGAAUGACUGAUAUUCGCCAUUCCCUUUUGAGACGGGAUGCUUUAAGUGCAGCAAAAGAACUCUUGUACCAUUUGGAUAUCUUUUUUAGCAGCCAGCUGCAAAAUGUACCAGGUCCACUGGUUGACAAGUCCACCAUUGAGCUCGUAGAAGAAUUUAUUUUUCAGCUUUCAAAAGAACGUAAUACUCAACCAAAAAGAUUGAGCUCAUUACAGGAGCUGCAGCUGUUGGAGAUCAUGUGUAGCUAUUUCCAAGAACAAAGUAAAGAUGCAGUUCGACAGAUCAUCUUCUCUGCACUGUUUGGUCCCCAGGGUAAUAAAGCAGAUGAAAACAGACUGGCUAUGUUGGGAAAACUUGUAUCCAUGGCAAUAGCAAUCUGUCGAGUUCCUAUCUUGGAAUGUACUGCAUUAUGGUUGCAGAGAACACAUGCAGUAUUCUGUGUAAGACUUGCCAAGGUCCUUGCUGAGGAUUACUGCAUUUUGGUACCAGGAUCAGUGCAGACCUUAAAACGAAUUGUUCAUGCUAGUCCUCGAUUCUGCUGUCAGUUGAUCACUGCUGUCACUGCGUUGUAUGACCUUUCAACAGAUGACCUGAUUCCUCCUCAUGAUCUACUGGAGAUGGUUGUAUCUUGGGUGUACGAUGAUCCACGGUUGACACUGAUUACAUUUUUGAACAGCCCAGCUAAUCUCCCCCGUGGCUUUUUGGAGCUCACGCCACUUCCAGGCCUGAUUCGCUGGUGUGUGCUCGCACCUUUGGCCUACAAAAGGAACUGCAAAACUUCUUCAGCUCAAUCCUUAAUGAAUGGUAACAGCAAUAAAAUGUGCAAGGAGUUUGAAAAUGAUGUAAACAAUGACUUCAAAAUCCUUUAUUCGAAGUUGCAUUUAAGUGUUCUUCAGGUCCUUAUGAUACUUCAAGGCCAUUUAACAGAAAAGAACUUGUAUGGCCGUUUGGAGCUCAUCAUGUUCGAUCAUGUAGAUCGGCUUGUUGAAGACAUUAUCAAAAUAGUUAAAGAACUCAAUCUUUCAAAUCCUGUGAAGGAGAUUGAGCUCACAUUGGAUAGAUUAGCUCAAGCCCUGCAAGUUGGUAUUGCAUCAGGAGCACUACUGUGUACUAGAGAUGAUUUACGAUCGAUCUGCUCUGCACUUCCACAUAACAGCUUGCUUCAGUUGGUCCUAACUGGACCAGUACAACAGUCUCCGCAUACUGCACUGCCACCAGGAUUCUAUCCACAUAUCCAUGCACCACCUGCUGGAUAUCCUAUGUAUUCAACUCACCCAGUGCAGACAUAUAUGCCGGGUAUGGCUUUUUCAUAUAGACCAAUCCGAUAAAGGAUUGUCCAUUACAAUGAAUUUGAUGGAAUACCUCCUUGGAUAUGUAUACUUAUACAACCAGAUCAAUUGUAGAAAAUUGUUCCAGUACUUUUUUUUACUGAAAAUUUGUACUAUCAGUGAAGAUAAAAUAGAUUGGUUGCAACCUGCUGUGCAUUUUAUAUUUCUUAAUGACAUUUACCAACUUUUGUGUACAGAAAUAACAUGGUUGAGACUUUUUCACAUCUAGAAAACUACCACAAUUUUAAAAAGCAAAGGUUUUUAAUUGCAUCCAUUUGUUAAUUAUCUGUAAUUUAAUAUUGUUUACUUGCGUACACUGUUAAAUUGCGUUGUCUACAGAACCUUUUUUAUAAAGGGGCAUUUUAAAAAAAGUGUAGUGUUCGCUUAUCUCCUUUCAUGUCUAACAGUUAUUCCAGGAUUAAUGUCUGUUGGUUGUUUCUGGGUCUUUUAGCAAUAGUACAGAACUUUUUUUUGUUUCAAAAUUAUUUUUUUUAAAGUUCACAUACAUUUUGUAAAGUCACUGUACAUUAAGCACAUGUUGCUUCUGAGUGAGUACCUGGUAUGGGUGUACUUAGUGCAGUGCAUUUUUAUUGAGGACAUUUUUUUUCGUUUUUGGUCCCUAGUCCGUAGUUGGGAUUAAGGGAGAUAAGUGGUCUUACCAAUGUUGGUUUGUGAUGAGACAUAUCAAAAUUAAACUUUGUAGCUGCAUUAACGUUUCAGUUUGUUGAGAUAGGCCCUAGGGUCCAAUCUCAUCUGUGCUGAGUUAGUUUUUCCGAAAAGGCAACAAUAUGCUUUGGGUAAGGACAGGAUUGAGCUUUGCCCUGACAGGCACUGUGUUUAGUAGCUUGCAGAGACUUCCCUAUUUAGAUUAACACAAAAUAUGAUCAUAGGGUGAAGGCCAGUAUCACAAUAAGAAGUCAAUACCUUCGGCGAGGGAGAAAGAAGGUUGUCACAAAUAACAGUUAAACUUUGUAUACAUGCCUCGUAGCAGACCAUAGAUCACAAGGUAAAUCACUUAGAUCAUAAUGAGGGAUUAUUACUCUUCACUACUUGUCUCAAAUUGGAGAAAAUAUAUUAUUGCUUUUUGACUGCCUCUUAAAUACCAGCGGAUUUGUUGCUCAUACAGUCCAUGUUUUUCAGGCGUGGUAUGAGGUUUUCAUGAGGUAGAAGGCAUGUUUUGGUCAAAUUAGUAAGUAAUGUUGUAGUUCUGUAAUGAAGAAUGAUUUUGGAGGUGACCAUUUUAAAAAUUCAAUUGUUAUUACUGAGAGGAUUUGCUCAAUAUUUGAGCAGAAUCAACUAGCCUAUAAAUAAGGAAUAAAAUAUAUUUCUCAAGUCGUGACUCUGUCAGAGUCCUUCUACAUAAGAAAAAAAUCUAGUGAGGCUGUGAAGCUUCUUAUUUGUAACUUGAACCUGGUCAAACAUUCUACCUCCCACGGAUUCUCAGCCUUCGCCAAUUCAUACUCAUUGCUGAAAAGCAAUUAAAGCUAGGAAGGCAAAAAUUUCAAGUGUAAUUGUGAUUAUGGUGUCAGUAUGGAUAAACAUGACUACUUAAUUGUUCAUUGAACUGCUCAUCUGUUGUGGUCACAAUCAAUUACAUUAAAUGCUGAAACGUGA